ACAGAGAGUUUUACAGCUCGGCUUUGUUUCUCUUCUCUGUUCACCGAGCGGCGCAGAGGAGUGACAAAGUUCAGAGCUAAGGACAAAAGGAGAAAGAAGACACUGAACUACUACUUUUUCUUGAGUAGUUUCAGUUUACAUGUAGUUUUUGAUACUUAAAGCAAGUAAAAUCAAACAUUUGAGCCUUUUUAAGGAAGGAGCUGCAGCUAUAUCUCUCCAGUCUUCUCUCAGAGAAGUAAUUAGUUUGGCUUGAAGCAAAAUGGGCAACAAAAGAUUAAAAGUCCAGAGAAGAAUUGUGUCCAAGGACGGCCACAACAACGUCAGGAUCGACAACGUGGAGAGCAUGGUCCAGCUGUACCUGCAUGACAUCUGGACCACAGUGGUGGACAUGAAGUGGCGCUACAAGCUGACCCUGUUUGCCUCCACCUUCGUCAUGACCUGGUUUAUCUUCGGGGUCUUCUAUUUCUUCAUCGGCAUGGGGAACGGAGACUUUGACGCUUUGCCGAACUCCAACCACACGUCGUGCGUGAUGAACGUGGAGACUCUCACCGGAGCCUUCCUGUUCUCUCUGGAGACGCAGACCACCAUUGGCUACGGUUUUCGUCACAUCUCCGAGGAGUGUCCUCUGGCUAUCUUCACUCUCGUGGCUCAACUGGUCAUCACCGGCCUGGCCGAGAUCUUCGUCACGGGAGCCUUUCUGGCCAAACUGGCUCGACCCAAAAAGCGAGCAGAAACCAUCAAGUUCAGCUACAACGCAGUGAUCUGCAAACGCCAAGGCAAGCUGUGUCUGAUGGUGAGAGUGGCCAACAUGAGGCGGAGUCUGCUGAUCCAGUGCCAGCUCACAGGAAAGCUGUUCCAGUCCAACACCACCGAGGAGGGCGAGAAGACUCAGAUCCACCAGAGAUCUGUUGACUUCUACAUGGACUCCAGUGGGGAGUGUCCCUUCCUCAUCCUGCCGCUCAGCUUCUACCACAUUCUGGAUGAGAAGAGCCCACUGGCAGGACUGACGUCCGAAAACCUGCACACACGAGACUUUGAGCUCCUCGUUACCCUCAACGCCACCAUGGAGUCGACGGCGGCCACCUGUCAGAGCCGCACCUCCUACACGCCUCAGGAAAUCCUGUGGGGCUACGAGUUCAGGCCGGUGCUGUUCAACACCGCCAGCGGUCGCUAUGUGGCAGAUUUCAACUUUUUUGACGAAGUUCAAGUGAGCAACGAUCCACCCUUCCUCAGCAACAACAAGGAGAAGAUGAAAAUAGAAGAGAACUAUAAGAGAGAAUGAAGAACACAAUAGUCAUCUUGAUUUAUGGAAUUAGUGGGACAACUGAACAAAACUGCAUAGAAAAUAAAAUUUUUCAUUUUUAUCAAUUUAAAAAACUCAUUUUCCUUUAAAAAUACUUUGGAGUUUAUUUCAGAUUUUCCAAGGAACUUAGAGAAAUCCUCCCUCUUAAGUGUGUUUUUUAUAUUGUAUUUGUCUUCUAUGUGGAUCACAGUUUUUUUGUUGUUGUAUGUGUUCUGACUCUUAGCUGCAAGUAGUCUAUAGACCUACUAAAAGUGAGGCAGUGUACUUUAAGUUUUUACUAUCUAUAGUCUACACCACAUGUGUCAAACUAAAAGCCCGGGCGCAGGAUCCAACCCGCCGGGUAAUCAUAUCCCUCCAGAUCAUUUUAUUUUAUUGUUACUAAUGGCCCAAUGUUAUCUUGUUUUUUUUUUUUUUAAGGCUGUUUUGGAGUUAGACUAAUAUUUGCACGCUAACAGUUUUGGCUAAC